CGCCUACCCUUGUCAGGUGCAGACGGACAGACGCGUUCCCACUGCAAACAGGACAUAAUACCGGAUAAAAAUAUAAAUAAAGAAAUAAAAGAACGCGACACCAAGAGUAAUUGAAAAACAGUGUGGGCGCUUUGCAGCCUCUCUCUCAGUGGGUUUUCCUGCCGCAUGACAAGUGAACCAGCUUUAUAUAUCAGCUAGGAGCCUGGGAGCUGCCGUCUCACUCCGCUCCACCCUGCAGGGAGCAAUGGCUGGCUGUGGGGGCUUCUUCGUUUCUCUCCUCAACUACAAGACGGAGAAAUAUGUCAUCGCGGAAAACAGGAAAAUUGGAAUACUGUUUCGGCUCUAUCAGCUGGCUGUGCUGGGAUACAUAAUCGGGUGGGUGUUUGUGGUGAAGAAGGGGUACCAGGAGAGGGAGGAGGCCAUCCAGAGCUCGGUCAUCACUAAACUGAAAGGGGUCACCCUGACCAACAGCUCUGAGGCAGGGCCUUACCUGUGGAGCGCCGAGGAUUACGUCAUACCUCCCAACGGCGAGCAGGUGUUCUUCAUAGUAACAAAUUACAUAGAGACCCCCAACCAGAGGCUGGGGUUCUGCGCCGAGAGCUCCAAGGUGCCAGAUGGACGAUGUCAGAGCGAUGACGACUGCGGAGAGGGAGAGACUGUAACAGCUGGUCAUGGAGUGAAGACUGGCGUGUGUUUAAACAGCACUGGGACCUGUGAGAUCCACGCCUGGUGCCCUAUUGAAUACAGCAAGAGGCCCACAGAGCCCGCACUGAGCCAAGCAGAAAACUUCACCGUCUACAUCAAGAAUUUCAUCCGCUUCCCAAAGUUUGAAUUCUCCAAGUCUAACGUCCUACAUACCGCUAAUGACAGCUACAUGAAGAAAUGCUCCCAUGACAGCGAGGCGCACCCUUACUGCCCCAUCUUCCGCAUAGGAGACCUAGUCAGCAGAACUGGACACGACUUCCAGGACAUGGCUGUUAAGGGCGGGUCUGUUGGGAUUCUCAUCGAGUGGAACUGUGACCUGGAUAAAGACUCUUCUCAGUGUAAUCCAGAGUACAGCUUCACCCGUCUGGACAUGGACUUAAACAGCUCCGUCACAUCAGGAUAUAACUUCAGAUAUGCCCGAUACUAUAAAGAUCAAAAUGGUGAAACUUAUCGAACACUGUAUAAAGUAUUUGGGAUUCGGUUCGACAUAAUGGUCAACGGCCAGGCCGGACGAUUCAAUAUUGUUCCCACCAUAAUUGCCAUCGGCUCGGGUGUUGCUUUGAUGGGUCUAGGAGCCUUUGUUUGUGAUAUGAUACUGCUGUACAUGAUGAACACGAGCUCCUUCUACCGAGAGAGGAAGUUUGAAAUCAUCAGCUUCAAGAGAGAACAGAGCAAAAACAAAGACGAGAAAGCAGGACACCGGGAAAGGAGGCCCAGGAAACCAGCUGCAGAGAAAGUGGACGUCAACUCUGUGAAAAACCCAGGGGAAGAAACGAAACUCACUGUGGAAACGACUUCCACCGAGGACGCCCAGGCGGCCGCAGGGAAACGGGGUCCCACCAUUCCACGCAACACGGGGCAGCGAUACUCUGCUGUUCUCUCUCACAAAAGCGCAGAGCCGAAGCAUCACAUCACCUUCUCUCCACACAAGUAGGUUGGCAGGCGGAGCGGUUUCCUCUGUUAACGUCGCAGGAUGUGGAACCAACCGUCGAACUGAUUUCCACUUCGUACACGCCAGCACGGUCACUAGGACGACCGAUGCUCGGCCUGACUGGGGAUGUGUUGGUCCAAGGAAAUGUUCUGAACUGCACCAAGGGGCCAGGACACUGAUGUACACUGGAAGACGGCUGGGACACGAUUUAAAGGUGGGACAUGGGAGAUAACAUGAAUUUCUUAAUCCUAUUUAAUUAGCAGAGUGACAGUGAUUAUAUGGACAGUAAUUAAACAAACCACCUAAGAUGGUGCGAGUCGCUAAAUAUUCCCUGAGUAUAUCUCUCAAUUACCUGUUGUUGUACUUCACAGAUGUAUGGGAUUUAUGUACGCUGAACCUUUAUGUUAAGAGAAAAUCAUCAAUGAGGCA